CCAGCUUUGGUCAGGCGCGCCAGGAUUCGGGGCCGUUUCAUGAAAGCCAGAAGGGCGGCGGGAGGGGAGCGAGUCCCCCCCCCCCAAAAAAAAACAACCUGGCAGCUCUUCCCGCCGCCCGUGGAGCGAGGUCGAUGUCCUCAUCAGGCUCUUUUGCCCUCGCCAGCGGGAUGCAGGCGACUUUAAGAGCCAGGCGGGCUCGGCGUUCCAGGCAGGGUGAGGCAGUCGCUCUCCCGGUUUGGCUAGUUUCCCGGAGGAUGACCGAAGAGGAACCACUGCCGGCGUUGAUUCCAAUGCGCUGCAGCUAAGGACUACGAACUGCCGAGGACGGGAGAAGCAGCCGCUCGGCGCACUGGCGUUCCCGAAGCCGGAGCUGAAGGCGAGGAAUGGCAACCCAACGCAGCAACGCAGACUGGAUGGGCUCCUUGUCGCCCGUCCUCAGUGCCCUGCCGCUUUCCACGCUGGCCAUUCCAGGUUCACAUGAUUCCUUCAGCUACUGGGUGGAUGAGAAAUCUCCUGUGGGACCAGAUCAAGUCAUAGCAAUUCGGCGGAUAGCUAAAAUUCCUUUGGUAAAAAAGCUAAUGAAGAAAUGGUCAAUAACACAAGAUCUGACCUUCAAGGAGCAGCUUGAUAGUGGAAUACGGUAUUUUGACCUCCGUGUAUCUUCCAAACCAGGUGAAGCAGGACAGGAAAUCUAUUUUAUACAUGGCUUGUUCGGAACCACAGUAUGUGAUGGACUUGUGGAGAUAAACAACUUCUUAACCCAUCAUCCUAAAGAAGUAAUUUUCCUGGAUUUCAAUCAUUUCUAUGCUAUGGAUAUGAAUCAUCAUAUGUACCUUAUCAGCAAGAUUGAAGAAAUAUUUGGAUCAAAACUCUGCACAAAAGAAUGUGUAGAAAAUGUAACACUGCAAAGUCUUUGGGAAAAGCAACAGCAGGUUCUUGUUUUCUACCAUCAUUCUAUUUGUGAAAUAUAUCCCGUUCUAUGGGCAGGGAAUAAAAUGCCAGCUCCCUGGGCAAACACAACUAAUGUACAUAAACUGCUGCAGUUUUUAGAGACUACCCUGAAAGAGCGAGCAAAACAUGGAACUUUCCAUGUUUCCCAAGCUAUUCUCACACCAAGAGCCAAAACUUUUGCAUGGCAUCUCAGCCGUGGCCUGAAAAACACUCUUGUUCACAGAAAUCUUCCUUUUAUUCUGAACUGGGUGAAGUUACAGAAACCAGGAGUCAUGGGAGUUAACAUUAUUACUUCAGACUUCGUGGAACAGGUAGACUUUGCAGCUACCAUCAUUGGAUUAAAUAAUCUCCUUUUAGAAGUAUGAAGACAAAAUACUUACAAAGACCUCAAUAUAUAGAGCUAAACUUGCAGGAUAGCACAUCCUCUGCUGUACAUAGGAACAUUCUGCCUGUCUCUAUGGAAAUACAGGAUGUGAUGCUGGCUGACCAACUGGAGCUCAGCGCUACAACACAUGGAAAUUAUUAGCAGAGGCCUCUUCAUGGACUUGUUGAGUAUGUACAUCCUGCAUAUCAUGAAACCCGGAACUCUGGCUCAAAGGAUAAUAAUAAAUUAUAAGCUUGAUUCAUCAGGUUAGGCAACAGUUUACCUCUGUGGAUACCUCAGGCAGAAAUAUGUGCUCUGCUUGUUUCAUUACUACUGUACAGUCUAUAUUUAUAUUCUGCUACCUCAGUCAUUCUUUAGGGAAAUAUCAUUUCUAUUGUUUGCUGUGAUCUUUAGUAAUUAUAGUAAUGUGUGUGAAUUUUUAGAGUUAGAUUAUGUCUUUAAAACUCAAUUUUUUACUUGAACUUGUAUUUUAAUUCAUUAUUUUGGAGUAUCCUAACUGGGUACAAAGAGGAAUUAUUUUUAAUGCAACACUAUUUAUUUUGUGGAUUUUUUUAAAGUCCUAGAUUUAGAAUCACUUCUGAGAAGUAAAAGCUAAUACCACCUAACCUUUAUCUCAUUCUGGCAUAAUUCACUUCUAGCAUAUUGGAAUUUGCACAGAAGAAUGUAAAUAGGAAAUGGCAAUCCAGGGUACAACAUAUCUGCCAUUUUGUAGAAUUUAUUAAUUCAAUAAUUUUUAAAUUGUAAAAAAUAUUUAUUUAUUUAUUGUAAAAAAAAGUAUGCUAUCCUAUUUAAUCAGUUCUGGGCAGUUCAUAGUAAUAAAAGUUGCUGGCAUGCCAUGCAAAGUUAUUAUUGCUGCAAUUUUAUAUUUAUUUCCCCCCCUGAGAAUAAGUCCUACUAAACUAAGUGAAAUAUGUCAAAGUAGGUAAUUCUAGAGACCAUAACCUACACUGAAAGUUUAGUACUACACAGUUCUUUAAUUUAGUCUCUUUCAGUUAAGCCUCUUAUAGAGAAAGCAGUCCUGAAAUAGGGACCCACCAAAUUUGUAUCUUGAUCAUGGACUUUUUCUAGAGUCUCUGUACAUUUUGAAUUCCAGCAUCGUAUAAAUAUUUUGUUAGUACUUCUUAUGGUAGAAAAUUAUAAUGCUGACUUUUAAUAGACAAAAGCAAUGUAUAGUGUAGUACCAGUCAAAAUGCAAGAAAGGCAGGCAGCUAGUUCUUAGUGCCAAGACUGGGCCAGAAGAAGAAUCAAUGCCAAUAUUUCUAGAACAGCUAUUUUCACUUUUAUACUAUUUUAAUUGAAAGGUUGUAGGAGGAGAAUUUAUAGUUAUUUUCCUAAGUACUGUGUUUGGAAAUUUCUCAUAAUACAUUCACAGUAGUUUGCCGAAAAUGAGAUGUCAGAAAAGAAAAGAUUUGAAACAAGUUUGUUUCAAGUUUCGAGCAAACAAGUGUUCUUCAGAAAUCUCAGUUGCAUAUAGGAUGUUCUGAGUAUCCAGUCUAUUUCAGGGAUCAUUUCAGCCAUUGCAACGAUGGACAGAAAAUGAAGGCAGUAUUGAUAUGUCAUCCUAAAAGACUGAUAUACAUACCAUAGUUUUCUGCAGGGCUGGACUUCUUUUAUUUAUUUAUUCAUUAUUUAUUUAUUUAUUUAUGAAAUGCAUAGGUGACAUAGAUACUAGGCAAUUUGCAACUAUGAAAAACAAUCAGAACCAUACAAUAUAGAGUUGAAAGGAAGUCUGGAGAAGAAUGGCCAUCUAUUAAACAAGCAAAAAAACCUGCAAACAGAUAGACUCCAUUCUAAUCCAGGCCCUGGGAAUAAAGCCAGAUUUUAAGGAUUUGGCUAAGCAGGAUCAGGAUGUUUAUCAUUGUUACAGCCUGAGGAGGAAAUCAUUGGGUAUCCACAGGAAAUAUCCUAAAUCAACCUUAGCCACUUGAAGAUUUAUGGACUUCAACUUCCAGAAUUCCUCAGUCAGCUAUGCUAUGCUGACUGGGGAAUUCUGGGAGUUGAAGUCCACACAUCUUCAAGUGGCUAAAACUCAAAAACACUGUCCUAAGUGAUUUAAGUUCUUCUGGUGGUUGAUGGGUAAGGGAUUCCCCUCAGUUUUUGCUGUAUAUUUAUUUGAAUAAAAUAAUUAUUUCCUUUACAUCAUGGUAACAGCCAUUUUACAGUUUUUCUUUUGUGUGUCGUUUAAGGUUUUGCUUUGAAGUUGAAGUUUUAGCAUGAAAGAACAAUGAAAAUAGGGUGUGGUUUUUGCCAUUGGCAUUUAAGAAAAGAAAUUAGUGGUUUCAGAUAAGGACUUAGAGAUUGAUGCUUGCUCUUAAGGAACUUUUAUUAUCACAUGGGGUAGAGAUGUUUCACUAUAACGCUCAGAGUUGUUUGCACCUGUCCUCCUCAUUAAAAUCCCACUUUUAACUCGGGUGAACCAUGCUGGUUCAGGAAUUCUGCGAGUUGAAGUCCAGAGUUCAUAAUGUUACCAUUGCCCAUCCUUUUCUAACUUGUACUAUUUAUGGCCUAAUUCAGAAUUUGACAAGAAGUUUCUCAUCUUUGAACUUGAGGUAUAAUUCAUCCUUUGGGCUGAAAUCAUUUUUAUAGUCUAUGAAAAUCACUUGAUGUUUGAUUAUUGAUUAUUAAAUAUUGAUUAAAAUUUAAUCCAAAGUAAACCAGUAUUAAUAUUUAAUUAAGCUGUUAUACUAAGCAGGCUCUUUUGGCAAUUGCUGAUUUCCAUACCUGGAAAAGGAUACAGAUGAACAAGGCCAGUGUUGUAAGGAUUUUGUAUGCAUUUUCCAUUGUUAAUUUAUUUUUCUGUUAAUUAUUUAUAGAGUAUUACAAAUCAUUACAUUCACAUUCUAGUAGAAUAUAGGACUUUCUUAGGAAGGGCACUGGAAAGCUGGUGGCUUGCAGCUGCUUUUGUGUACUGAAGCUCAGUGCUUGCCUUUGUGAACUUUAUCCGUGAUUUGCAGACAUUUGGACUGUUUGGCAUGAUUAGUUCCAGUACGAUCUGAAAGUCUCACAAAAUGCUGUGGUUAUCAUCACGUAGCAAGACCGCUUUAACAAAACAAUUGCUAAAUUUAUGUUAUAGAAUUCCAACCUCACUCAUUCACAUAUUCAUAAGUCUCAGCAUUAGCAGCCUUCUUCAGGUGACCUUCCUGUCUAGAUAGCCAACCAUUAAUCCGCUUUAUUUCUCUGAAAUUUGUAGUAUGUAUCUGUUUAUAUUUAGGUGCUUCAUAAUUCCUGUUUUUCAGUUAUUCAAUUUCUGUUAUUUUACCUGACGUGACUGUUAAUAGCAGUGUGUUGUUCUUCCCCUACUUAAAGUUCAAGUCUCUCAGAUAAUUAUGCCAUGUAAAAUAGCCAAUUUUAUGCACUGUUUUUUAGUAAUGUUUUUUCUUAUCAUUAUUAUUAUUAUCUGUAUUUUUAAAUACUGUACGAUUCUCCCAGUGGUCAAGAAACAGUGAACUAAUCCUCAGAAAUAUUUGUUUUUAUUCAGGAGGAUAAAUAGGAAAUAAAGAAAGCUUUUCUUUUGUGUUUCCAAUUUUGUACCCUAGAUCACAGUUAAUACUGAUAUUUUGCUUUAUAUUAAUUAAGUGAUAGAAGUAGGAGUUUAUAUGGUUGCAAAUUAAUAAAAUGAAUAAAAUAUUAGAAUAGUAUGUAUAUUAUCUUUAAAUACUGUAUUUGCUAUCUCAUUUUAUGUGAAAUCUGGAAAAACUCAGAUUUCUUACUGUUUUGUAGACUUUGAUUUUUAUUCUUAACAUUGUACAUAUUUCAACUUUUUGUUUAGAAUGCCAGUUUUACUAUUAUAUGUUUAUUGCAAUUGUUUUGAGUAUUGUAAAAUGAGAAUACCUCAUUUAUUUGUGCACAUAACAUCUACAGAAUUUUUUGUCUUUCACAUUUAUUUAAUGCUGAAAAGUCUAGAUGUAAUUGUGCAAUCUGGAUGAACACCAUAGAGUUACUGUAUGCACAAUAAAAGU